AUACUUAAUAUAGUUUUCUGUAUAGGGUGGCAGUCUGGUUUUGGUUGAUAAAAUAGAAACUUAUUAUAUGAUAAUGACUAUGCUCUCUUUGUUCCAUACUAAAAUUGAGAUAAUAGAGAUUAGUGUGACUCCUGCCCAGUAAUUACUGUGCCUUAGUCUUUUAAAGUCUUUUCUAUUUUCCUCAAAGUACAGUCUGAUCUCUAAAAAUCAUAAUGAGUUAUCCCAUGGAAACAAGUGUAAAUAAAUUCAAGUAAUGUGUAGUUUAUGUGCAGUAGAAUUGGCUUUUCGUUAUUAAUGGAAAAUCUUUGCCAUUUUAGUCUGUUUGCCUAAAACUGUAUCAUAUACACUCACAGACUGAAGUGUUGGAACCAUGGGAAUAAAGGUCCAGCGUCCUCGAUGUUUUUUUGACAUUGCCAUUAAUAAUCAACCUGCUGGAAGAGUUGUCUUUGAAUUAUUUUCCGAUGUAUGUCCCAAAACAUGUGAGAACUUUCGUUGUCUUUGUACAGGUGAAAAGGGGACAGGGAAAUCAACUCAGAAGCCAUUGCAUUACAAGAGCUGUCUCUUUCACAGAGUUGUCAAGGAUUUCAUGGUUCAGGGUGGUGACUUCAGUGAAGGGAAUGGAAGAGGAGGAGAAUCUAUUUAUGGAGGAUUCUUUGAAGAUGAAAGUUUUGCUGUUAAACACAACAAAGAAUUUCUUUUAUCAAUGGCCAACAGAGGGAAGGAUACAAAUGGCUCACAGUUCUUCAUAACAACGAAGCCAACUCCUCAUUUAGAUGGGCAUCAUGUUGUUUUUGGGCAAGUGAUCUCUGGUCAAGAAGUUGUGAGAGAGAUUGAAAACCAGAAAACAGAUGCUGCUAGCAAGCCAUUUGCUGAGGUCCGGAUACUCAGUUGUGGAGAGUUGAUUCCAAAAUCUAAAGUUAAGAAAGAAGAAAAGAAAAGGCAUAAGUCAUCAUCAUCAUCGUCAUCCAGUGAUUCAGAUAGCUCAAGUGAUUCUCAGUCCUCCUCUGAUUCUUCUGAUUCUGAAAGUGCUUCUGAAGAAAAAUCCAGAAAAAGGAAAAAGAAACAUAGGAAAAACUCCCGAAAGCAUAAGAAGGAGAAGAAGAAGCGAAAGAAAAGCAAGAAGAGCCCGUCUAGUGAGAGUGAAGCAGAGAACCCUGACGCGCAGCCUCAGUCCACUGUCCGUCCAGAGGAGAUCCCUCCUGUACCGGAAAAUCGGUUCCUCAUGAGAAAAAGCCCUCCGAAAGCUGAAGACAAGGAGCGGAAAAACAGAGAGAGAGAACGAGAGAGAGACUGUAAUCCACCUAACUCCCAGCCUGCUUCAUACCAGCGACGAUUCUUAGUUACUAGGUCUGGCAGGAAAAUUAAAGGAAGAGGACCAAGGCGUUAUCGAACUCCUUCCAGAUCCAGAUCAAGGGAUCGGUUCAGACGAAGUGAGACUCCUCCACAUUGGAGACAAGAAAUGCAGAGAGCCCAAAGAAUGAGGGUGUCAAGUGGUGAAAGAUGGAUCAAGGGGGAUAAGAGUGAGUUAAAUGAAAUGAAAGAAAAUCAAAGGAGCCCAGUUAGAGUAAAAGAGAAAAAAAUAACCGAUCACAGACACAUGUCUGAGAGUCCAAACAGAAAAGUAGAAAAGGAAAAGAAAGUUAAAGACCAUAAAUCUGAAAGCAAAGAGAGAGACAUGAGAAGAAAUUCAGAAAAGGAUGAUAAAUACACUAAAAACAAAGUGAAGAAGAGGGGCAAAUCCAAAAGUAGGAGUAAGAGCAAAGAGAGAUCCAAGAGUAAGGAAAGAGAGCCCAAGCACAGCAGACACGAAGACAAGAGGCCGAGGUCCAGAAGUAAAGACAGGGAUCACGAGACUCUGAAAGAGAAACCGCUGGAGUCAAAAGGGAAAGAUCAGGACAGGAGUGGAAGCAAAGAGACUAACUCUAAGCAGGGCGAGUCCAAAAGGAGUGAGCACGACCAUAGCAAGAGUAAAGAGAAGGAUAGGCGCGCGCAGUCCAGGAGUAGAGAGCGCGAUGUAGCUAAGAGUAAACACAGCUACAACAGUAGGACCAGGGAGCGGAGCAGAAGCCGGGACAGGAGCAGAAGAGUGCGCUCUAGAAGCCACGACAGAGAUCGCAGCAGGAGCAAGGAGUACCACAGGUACAGAGAGCAGGAGUAUAGGAGAAGAGGGAGGUCGCGGAGCCGGGAUCGGAGAACGCCAGGACGAUCGAGAAGUAAAGACAGGAGGAGGAGAAGGAGGGAUUCCCGGAGCUCAGAGAGAGAAGAAAGUCAAAGUCGAAACAAAGAAAAAUACAGAAGCCAAGAAAGUAAGAGUUCCCACAGAAAAGAAAAUUCAGAGAGUGAAAAAAGAGUGUACUCUAAAAACCGUGAUCAUAAUAGCUCAAGUAAUAAUAGGGAAAAAAAGGCUGAUAGAGAUCCAAGUCCAGCAGUGUCAAAACCAAAACAGAGCAGUCAGGACAGUGAAUUGAAAAGUCAGGAGGACGAGAAGACCAGAUCCCCAGUGGAAAAAGAAAACCAAAAAUCAAAGGGUCAAGAAAAUGACCAUGUACAUGACAAAAAUAAAAAAUGUGAUCGUGAGUCGAGCCCCGGAACAGAUGAAGACAAAAGUGGAUGAGUGAGUUGUGUAUGCUUAUUUUCUUCCUGUCCAAUUUCAGUUUUCGAGACAUAAUGUUGAAUCUCUUUUUUGUUGUUCUCAUUGUUUUGGGGUUGUUUUAUGUUUGUCUUCCCCUACACACACCCUUUUUUUUUUUUUUAAAUGUGGACUUCAUUGAGUUGAUAUUUUGAUAAUCUGCUACCUGGAUAAUUUGUACUGCUAAAGUUUUAAUAAACUUGAAAUGAAAAAAAACCCACUUUGGUGUAAUAUUGUGUGCUGUGUUAACUAGCUUAUGUAUUCAUUUUUGUGUUGCAGCAGUCAGUCAGUAGCAGCCUGCUUUGCUUAAUCAGCCAUUUGGAAACAAGCAUCUGUUGGUUAAGUUGUUUGCAGUACAUUGUUAGACAAAUUUGUGUUUGUUUUGAUAAAAAUCCCUUGAGAAACCACUAGAA